UUCUCCUUCAUCUCUAUCUUUUAUUUAAUUUUUCUUUCUUAUUUUAAGUUAUUUUAAGGGACGUGUCUGUUGUGUUGUAAAUUUAUAGAGUUGUAUUUUAAAAGAAAAUUUUGAGGAGAUGAAAAGUGAAUAUGAAGAAGGGAAGGGUGGAGCAGGAACCAAUAAUAAUAGCAUGUUCGGUAAGCUUCACCAACAGAAGUUUCAUCAACUACAACAAGUGGUCGCCCGAGAAUGCCACCACCACCACCAAAACCCUCCACAGCAUACUUCCGAAGAAGACGAGAGCCGAAGCAGCGGCGGUGGUGGUGGUGGCGGUGGCAGUGGCAGUGGCAGUGGCAGUGGCAGCGCCAUAAACACCAUCAUGAACCACAACUCUUCUGAACCCAUCACUACCACCACCACCACCACAGGCGAUGGAGCCACCAUCGAAGUUGUGAGGCGUCCGAGAGGCCGUCCACCUGGUUCAAAGAACAAAGCCAAGCCACCGGUCAUCAUCACCCGUGACACCAUCGACUCCACCGCCAUGCGCCCUUAUGUUCUCGAAGUCCCUGGGGGCCUCGAUGUCGUCGACUCCCUCGUUCACUUCACCCGUCGCCGUAAUAUCGGCCUCUGUGUCCUUAGCGGUUCUGGCACCGUCGCUAACGUCACCCUUCGCCAGCCCUCUGCCACUCCAGGCGCCACAGUUACCUUCCAUGGUCGAUUCGAUAUUUUGUCUAUCUCUGCUACUUUGCUUCCACCGUCUUUCUCCUCAAUACCCUCUUCCGCUAAUUCAUUCACCAUUUCUCUCGCUGGUCCAUCGGGUCAGAUCGUUGGAGGCUCCGUUGCUGGUUCUCUGCUCGCUGCCGGCACUCUUUAUAUCGUCGCUGCUGCAUUCACUGACCCAUCUUAUCACCGUUUGCCGGCUGAAGAUGAGUUGCAGAGUUCAGAUUCGGGUAACGUUGGUCACUCUCCAUCUGGUUCCGGAGGCGGUGGUGGUGGUGAGGGAAGCCAUAGCCACCCUGCUCCACCGGCAGAGUCAUGUGGGGUAUCAAUCUACGGCUGCAAUCUUUCUUCGGAUGUGAUUUGGGCCCCCACCGCCAGACAGCAACAACCACCACCACCACACUUUUGAAUUCCGCCUUUUGACUUUUUUUUUCCUGUUUUUCUAAAUCCCUUUUGGGUUUUCUUUCUUUC